AAUAUAGAGGAAUUCAGACAGGAAGUUGCAUAAGAGCUUGCUGGCAAUCUGAGCAGAGAAGAGAAAGGCUGCGGGAGUAUGCACACAGAGACACCAGUACAGAUUGGGAUUCUGUCCAAAUGAAUACUUUUUAAAAUACAGACAGAGCAAGAAAAAGUGGAGAGAAGAACUAACCAAGUAAUUAUAAUUAAGAAGAGAACACAACCAUUCUGAAGAAUAUUUUCUCUCUUGUUUCUUUUCAGUUUCAUCUAGAACAGCAAUGGAACCAAAUCUGACAUACAGCCAGGCUAUUGAAAAAGCAAAGAAUUCACUCACACGCUUUCCUCUGAAGAACGUGAGAGGAGUCCCGCUGAUGGAGCCCAUCGCCAAAAACUUUGAGUCUAUUUGGGCUUUCUGCCCUGACCCUACUGACAUCCUCAUUUCUACUUAUCCAAAAGCAGGAACUACCUGGACUCAGGAGAUAGUAGACCUGUUACUUCACAAUGGAGAUACAGAGGCAUGCAAGAGAGGGCCCAUAGUUAUGAGGAGCCCAUUCCUUGAGAUAUUCUCCCCCCCUCCCAUCCCUUCUGGCCUAGAUCUCCUUUGCAAAAUGAGUCCACCAAGGUUAAUCAAGACACACCUGCCAAUCCAGCUUGUACCUGAGGGAUUCUGGGAAAAUAAAUGCAAGGUGAUCUACACGGCCCGCAAUGCCAAGGACAACUUGGUAAGCUACUACCACUUUGACAGAAUGAGUAAGACCCAGCCUGACCCAGGAUCCCUCGAUGAAUACAUCCCCAAGUUCAUGAAGGGAGAUGUAGGCUGGGGCUCCUGGUAUGACCAUGUCAAGGGUUAUUGGGAAAACAGAGAGAAAAGGAAUAUACUCUAUUUGUUUUAUGAAGAUAUGAAAGAGAAUCCUCAGCGGGAAGUGGAACGCAUCAAGCAGUACCUGGAUCUGUCGGUCACUGAUGAUGUAAUAGCGCGCAUUGUGGAGCACACGUCUUUCAAGGUCAUGAAGGACAACCCCAUGACCAACUAUACCUUUAUCCCCAAGUCUAUCCUUGACCAUUCCAUCUCUCCUUUCAUGAGAAAAGGGGAGGUUGGUGACUGGGUCAAUCAUUUCUCUGCCUCUCAUUUGAAGAUUUUUGAUGAAGAUUAUGAGCAACAAAUGAAAACGGCAAACAUUCCCUUUAGGACAAACUUGUGAAGAAAGUGCUGCAGUAGCCUUUACAAUGCAGGACAUUCUAGGCACUUUAGCUCAUGCAAAAGUAUUAACAAUGAGGAUGAGCAACAGCCAAAUUAACUGAUGGAAGUGAGGGGAAUUUUGUGUGUGCACUACAUUAUUUGAAAGUUACUUUACAAUGUUUAAUGUUUUAAGUAUUGUAUUUGAUAACAGUAUCUGUGAUUUAAGUACAAGCAAUCUAUUAAAUAUAAUAUGUUGAUUAUAAUCAUCAUAAGACUAGUAUUUCCAGGUUAUUCAAGAACUACUCUUAUGAUUUCAAAGUGCUUCAUCACAGCCACUUCCAAUGUGUAAUACCUAUCUGGAUGAAGCUCAGCAGCCAUUUCAUACUUGCAUGGUGACUACAAAUCAGCUGAAUUAGAAAGGCAAGGAACCUAUCCAAGUACUGCAAUAAUCCAGUUCAGCCGAUGUGACAAUGACAGUUAAUGGGUGGAAUUUUUACUGGCUUGAAGAAAAUUUGUGGUAAGAUUUUGAGCUGACUGAUGCACACAAGUGAACAUUGAAUGAUUAGUUAAAUAUGGUUUCUAUUUCUUACUUUAUUUUUCCAUUUAAAAUGUCCAUUUCAGCUAUUCCAUUUUCCAUUUUAGUCUUCGAUUUCAGUUUCCAUUUUCAAAUGGCCAAUUAAAGUUUUUUGACAUUUCAAUAUCAAUUUUUUAUAUUUUCAUUUUAACUUUAACAUUUGAUUGCAUUAUGGUCAUUCCUAGUAGCCUAUUAAAUAAAAAAUAAUAAAAAAUUUUCUCUGGCUCAAAUUUGUACAAGACAUCCAGAGGCAAACUGCACUUCCUUGAUUUCAAAACAGCGUUUUACAAGCCCAUGGAGACAAUGCAUAAUGUGCCACACAAUGGCCAUGCCCACGAUGGGGGAUCUGUUGUUCUUCAUGAUAAGCAAUCGGUGGAUUUACAAGAUUGUGAAAAUGCCUAAAAGUUGUGUGGUGGGUUGUACAAAUAACAAGAACCCAGAACCCAGAUCUGAAGAUUUAUGUGCUCUUGUGCAAAAAGAAUUAGGCAAUGAGGCCUUGGCAUAGAUUCUCUGGACAAGUCUCUGGAACUCUACUUGAGGGAUGGAACACCAUUCUUCCAAAAGAUAUUCCCUCAUGCGGUGUUUUGAUGAUAGUGGUGGAGAGCGCUGUCUAACACAUUGGUCCUAAGAUGUUCAAUUGGGUUGUGAUCUGGUGACUGCGAAGACCAUAGCAUAUGAUUCACAUCAUUUUCAUACUCAUCAAACCAUUCAGUGACUCCUCGUGCCCUCUGGAUGGGGGCAUUGUCAUCCUGGAAGAGACCACUCCCAUCAGGAUAAAAAUGUCUCACUUACUACCUUGUACUUACUAACUUCCAAUUCCUUUUACAUUAAAUGUUUUAAAAUUGUAAUGUCUAAUUUAUCACACUUUUGAUAUUUGUUUUGCUGUUUAAUGUCCCUAAUUCGACACCAUUGUAAAUGAGGAUUAUUCCUCAAUGGGUUCUCGAGAUGAAAUAAAGGUUGAUUAAUUGAUUGAUUGAUUAA